AUGUCGACCGGCAUCGAAUGGAACCGGGUCAUUACAUUCGGUGCCCUGGCUUCCUCGAACUGCUGGAUGUACUCGGCACUGGCAUGGCGUAGCGUCGAUGUCCCAUAUCACCGAACGGAGGGUACCAAGGGGGUGACAGGAGGGGCGGGGGCGACGCCGGAGCGGAGCGGGGAGCCCGCCAGCGGCAUGUCCCCUGUCAGCGAGGAGCUGGGGCCGGGGGGCGACUGCGCCCUGCCCGCUGACGGCGGCGAGGUGAACGGGGACUGCCACCCGCCCGCGCCGCCCGCUGCUUCCCAGGAGGCGGCCGGGGAGCGCCUCCUGACAGCGGCGGAGGCCGCGCCGAAGCCCCCUGAGGAGGCGGAGGCGGCGGAGGAGUGGGCGCCUCCCGAGGGCGGCUGGGGCUGGCUGGUCAUGCUGGCGUCCAUGUGGUGCAACGGCGCCGUCUUCGGGAUCCAGAACUCCUGCGGCGUCCUCUUCAAGUCCAUGCUGGCCGAGUUCGGGGACCCCAGCGACCCGCAGCUGACCUUCCGGACAGCAUGGGUGAGCUCCCUAUCCAUGGGAAUGAUCUUCUUCUGUUCUCCUGUAGUCAGUGUAUUUACCAAUAUAUUCGGCUGCCGAACAGUAGCUGUUGUUGGAGCAGCUGUGGCUUUCGUUGGACUCCUUUCAAGCUCAUUUGUAAGGACUCUUGGACCUCUCUAUUUCACUUAUGGGAUUUUAUUUGGCUGUGGUUGCUCAUUUACAUAUCAGCCCUCCCUCGUCAUCUUGGGGCAUUAUUUCAAGAAACGUCUUGGUCUGGUGAAUGGCAUUGUCACUGCUGGCAGCAGCUUGUUUACUAUAGCUCUGCCUUUUCUUUUAAGUGUACUGAUUAAGUCAGUUGGCCUGUACAACACUUUCAGGGUCCUCUGUGUUUUUAUAUUUGUUCUUUUUUUGGCUGGCUUUACAUAUAAGCCUCUCAUUCUCAGUGCCAAAAGAAGUGGAGAAAAGGGCAAACCCCAUUUUCCUCCUGCAAAACAGAUUUUCAAUUUUUCCAUUUUUGAAGCUAUGAGUUAUCGAAUCUGGGCUUUUGGAAUCCCAGCUGCCUUAUUUGGGUAUUUUAUACCCUAUGUUCAUCUACUGAAUCAUGUAAAAGAACGGAUUGGUGAUGAUGUACCAGAGGAAACACUUUUGCUUUGCCUUGGCCUUACUUCAGGAGCUGGCCGAUUGAUCUUUGGAAGAAUUGCAGAUUAUGUUCCAGGUGCAAAAAAGGUUUAUCUACAGGUGAUCUCAUUUUUCUUCAUUGGCCUGAUGUCUAUGAUGAUUCCACUGUGCUAUUCUUUUGGAAGUCUCAUUGCUGUCUGCCUUUUCAUGGGUAUCUUUGAUGGCUGCUUUAUUAGUAUUAUGGCACCUAUUGCUUUUGAACUAGUUGGUGCAAAAGAUGUUUCUCAAGCAAUUGGAUUCCUCUUGGGCUUUAUGUCUAUACCAAUGACAGUUGGUCCACCUGUUGCAGGUAUACUACGAGAUUACCUAGGUACUUAUGAUGUAGCAUUCUAUCUAGCAGGAAUCCCCCCUAUUGUUGGAGGAGCUGUGCUGUGUUUAAUUCCUUGGGUGCAUGCAAAGGAAAAAGCCAAAGAACGAGCUAGACCUGUAAAUGGAGAAACUACGGAGAAAAUGUUGGAAAUCAGAAGUGCAGCCAUGUUGGACUCGGCUGAAAAGACCAGCAAAGAUUGUGAAACUGUUAUUUAAUUGUUCAUAUUUUUUCUACCAGAUUGAACUUAUUUUUAUAAGGACUGGCUUUCUGUUCGUAAA